AUGAGUACUACUAGUGGUUUGGAGAUUGUGUCUAUAAGUAACUUUUGUGAUAGAUACAAAAUCUCAUAUAUAAACAGGAAAAGCAUGGGAAUUCUUAAUGAAAACGUUGAAGCGAUUGAAGAAGAUGAGUAUCUUCAGUUGUUAAAUGGCAUAAAUAAACAAAGUCAAAUAAAUAUCCCAAAUACAUUAAAACGAAAAUUAGAUUCUGUUCCUCCGGUGUCAAGAGAUGUUAAAUGUAAAUUUGAUUUGGUUCCGCAAGGGUUAUAUGAAGAAUUCAAGGAUGCAAACAAUGUUGACUGUGAUAUACACCCUGAGAUCAUACUAACAAGUGAGUUAAAUGGGAAUACUCAGUACGAUAUUUCCGGUAUAGAACCUUAUCAGGAAAUUAUUAUGGAUUCUAAUGACACCUGCCAAGUUGCAGACCUCCAACAAGAAAUGACGCCUAUCCCUAAUUUCAUGCUAUUAACAUCUGAUGAGCACCAAUGGCAAAGCAGUCCGUUCAAUUUCUUUUAA